AUGCAAUCUUCUAAUAACAUUAUUAAAACUUUUAUUUUAGAUGACCAUACAGAGUCAUAUAAAAUAAAUGGUACAUCAGUUGAAACAUUCACUCACAUUCAACUGACUAAUAUGAUACAUGCUUAUGGAGGAAUAAUUUCUCAUAACUUUAGGGCUAAAAAAUUAUUACUAUUACAAUUAAAAGAACUUUUAAAACAGGAAAUAGAAAAAAAUUUAUCAGAUUCAACCCAAACACCUUCUUCAAGUGAUGAUGAUGAAGAAGACGAUGAAAAAAAAAAAUAUCAAUGUACACUAUGUUCCUUACAUACAAUUUAUAAAUCAAGUAUAGCUAGACAUUUAAGACUUAUCCAUAGUAUAUCAUCUGAAGAAAAUAAAAAUUAUUUUAUAGAAAUACCUCCAUCCAUAACAACAACAACCACCACCACAACUACAACAACUACAAGUGGAAAUUCAAAUAAUUUGGUUAUCUAACCUUAGAAUUUGGUUAUCUCCGGUGAACUUUUUUGUACUAGAAGCUGUUUAUCUUAAAAUUUAUUAAACCCAUAUUCAAGUUCAAUCAAUUCCCCAACAAUUACAACCUCAAUUACAAAUAAUUAAUAUAAAUAAAAAUAUAAAUAAUAAUAAUAUAUAAAUAAAUAAAAAUAA